GGUGCCCAGCGCCAUUAAAAGCCUUUCUUUGGUGUCCAGAGAGCCGCUGCACUGACACACUUGGAUAUCUGUGGCCGCUUUGCGUGGGCACAUUCUUUCCCAGCGACGGGAACACGCGGGACAUUAGAGGCGGUCACAGCGUCGCGAGGCCACCUUAAAUCACACGCUGACAUAACAAGAACACUACUCUCCACCCAUAUCCGAGAAGAGUGUGUUAAGAGGUGUCUCACCUUCCCGACUGUGCUCUUAUUACCGAGAAAGACGCCGGUGUAUUAGCAACACGCCGAGGCAUCUUAGGACAUUACUGCAGCUCCUUAUUGGUCAGGAGUCUCGAGGUCUGGUGCGUGAAACGUCGCGCGCUGGACACGCACGGGCUUGUUACGGAGAAAGCCGUUUGGAUAUUUAAGUAUUUGGAUUUAUCUGAGAGCUUCAUCACGGUUUGGGUUUGUUUUACAUGCCAAAGCUGGGGGAACAGACAGGAACACAACUCAUCUCUGAGCGAAGCUUUACAGUUUUCGCCACAAUAAUUGGUUAUCGGAUGGACCAGCACCCCAGCGCCCGGAGCUGCACCAGUCGCGGGGCUUCGUCCUGCGAGGCCGUCCCGACUGACCCCUCCAUGAAUCUUUACAUCCACUCCACCACCGGCACACGCUUCGAGCUCUCCCUGCCUCAGGAGGAGACCGUGGAUGGACUGAAGAGGAGACUGUCACAAAGACUCAAAGUGCCAAGAGAGAGACUCGCUCUGCUACACAAAGAAACGCGACUAAGUUCAGGCAAACUCCAGGAUCUGGGCAUCUCUGAUGGGAGCAAGUUAACACUUGUACCAACAGUUGAAGCAGGAUUAAUGUCUCAAGCAUCAAGACCCGAACAGUCAGUAAUGCAGGCUUUGGAGAGUCUAACAGAAACUCAGGUCAGUGACUUCCUGUCCGGCCGUUCCCCCCUCACCCUGGCCCUGCGCGUCGGCGACCACAUGAUGUUCGUCCAGCUUCAGUUGGCAGCACAGCAGUCCGGCGGUCCCCAGCUCCAGCACAGACACCUCAUCACCCGGGGCAAUGCGGACACCACAAUGGGACAGCCCACAGGGCAGCCCCGCAUCCCCCACCCUCACCCGCAUCCCACCACCACCCACCCCCACCCCCACCACCCACACAGUCACCCCAGCCCCCACUUGUCCCAGCCUCACCUGGCCUCCCCUUCCUCUCCUUCCUCCCCAGGCUCCCCAUCCUUCCCCCUGCCCUCCACGCACCACCAGCCGCUCCCCCCUAUGUACCACCAGACGCCCUCCUCCGCUCACUGUAGCCCCCCUACUCCCCCUCCUCCGCCCCAUUCCCCACGCCCGUCCCACGUCCCUGGAGGUCUUUUCCGCUCUCCAGCACAUCACCAUCAUCACCACCACCACUACCACCAGCCUUCUUCAAGCCAACCCAGCCACGACAUCGGCCAGGCCAGCCCUGUAGCCCCGGUCCUCUGCCCUGAAGCUAACUGCAGCACCAACAGCCCCAACAGUGGCAGCAGUCCCUCAACACGCUCCCGGAAACCCGGCGCCAUCAUUGAGAGCUUCGUCAACCACGCUCCCGGAGUCUUCUCAGGGACCUUUUCAGGCACUUUGCACCCAAACUGCCAGGACAGCAGUGGGCGUCCCAGACGAGAUAUCGGUACCAUCCUGCAGAUCCUCAACGACCUCCUGAGUGCCACACGCCACUACCAGGGCAUGCCCCCUUCCCUUACCCAGCUGCGCUACCAGACCCAGUGCGGUUCACCCACCUCCCCAUCCCCCUCGCCGCCUCCUUCGCCCCAGGUUGCCGGCAUGACGGGCCUCUCUGCCAAAGCUACCUCUGUGCCCGCCAGCAGCCCUAGCAGCCCUCCACCGACUCUUCAUCCGCUGGUGCAGUGCCAGAGUCAGAUCCGCAUGUGCAAACCCCCUGGUGACCGCAUUCGUCAGACCGAGAACCGUGCAACCCGCUGCAAGGUGGAGCGCCUGCAGCUGUUGAUGCAGCAGAAGCGCCUGCGCAGGAAGGCCAGACGGGACCAGCGCGCCCCGUAUCAGUGGCUGCCCAACCGGAAGGCGGGACGCAGCAACAGCAACAGCAGCAUGUCCAGCGAGGGCUCCCUGGACCUGGACUUUGACGACUCGGUGUGGAAGCCCGACGUCAAGGCUGACUUGAAGUCCGAGUUCGUCAUGGCCUGAACGAUCCCACGCGCUGGUGGAUGGAUUUGAAAGAUGUGCAAAGCUUGGGAUUUACUAUGAGAUAUAUUUGGAGGGAGUGGAUUGGCGGGCGGCGACGCAGAACUGUGCAAAGAGGAAAUCGAAGAUGUGACUGGCGUCUGUCACAUUAAAUCUCCCCCGCAGACUUUAAUCUGUCCUGAAAAAAACAGCAACAAUAGCAAGAGAACUCUUUUGAUGCUUGGAUUUGGACAACCGGACAUAACAGUGUACAAGACUUUUUACAGUGUGAUUACAGAGACUUGACCUGAACUUGAGCAUAGCAGAAUUCAGUGGGUGGUGGCGGUGGCGGUGGUGGUGGUAUUUUUGUUUUUCUAAGAUUUGUUUUUUAAAGCGCACUCUGGACAGCAAUGACGAGAUCCACACUGGACUUAUUUACAGGACAGGAGCACCAGAGGCCUCAGUGUUUCCUAUUCACAAGAAAGGCAGAAAAGCCGAACUAUGGAUUAAUCCAACGGGCAUUCUUAUCGAUCUCAAAACUCACCAACCAGAGUCUACUUUUUACCUGUUACGGGGUGGUUAAACUUUUUUGUUUUUGUUUUUGUUUUUUUUCCAUUUUGAAACAUAUUAUUAUAUUUUAUAAACAAAAAAUAUGUAGCAUUGUUCACAAAGCAUUCAGGUUUUCAUAUAACAGUUCAAAGUUGAUUUGCACAUUUUCUUGAUUUAUAACAGCUGGUCAAUGUGUGCAAGAAGGAGGAGGAGGUGGGGCCUGAAAUCGAAAAAAAAAUGAAUAUGGAAGUAUUGAUAUCAACCUCAGUGACAUAGGGUAUCGAUAGGAAUGAUUAAUGAGUAAACAAAAAUGAAUUAAUAUUAACAGAAAGUGCUUUAGAGGAUUUUAAAAUCUUUAAAAUGUAUAUGAAAAAAAAUCUAUUUUUUAUUUCUCUUCCUAUCUGCUGUUUUCAAAAAACAGCAGCCCUCUGUGGCUUCAGUCAAGUCGUUGACUACCGACAUACAUCCAUUCAAUCAUUCAUUCACUUAUACACGGAUUAUAGCCACAAGAAAAUAUAAAUUUCAUCCAGCCCGCCUCAUGUCUUACAGACCUGAAUGGACUUGUCAAGGGUUUGUAUUAGUUUGUGUACAUAAAUGUGACAAUUGGCAAAGGUUUAUGAGGGUGUGUGUGUAUGUUUGACUUUAGUGUAAAUUGAUUUAGAGUCCCCCAUGUUUUUGUCUUCUCCCAAACAACCCCAUAGUUUCUCCAAAAUCCUGAGGAUCAGCUGCAGUGAAUGCAUGGGUCACUACUUUAUAUCACAACAGGAUCAAAACAUCAAAUUCUAACUAGGUCCUUAUGAUAAUGACUAUUUUUUAUUGGCAAACGAGGGAGAAGAAGUGGGAUCCAGCAUCAUUAUCUAGUGCCUCCACCAGUACAUCCGUUGACAUAUCAGGUUAGGCCUUUCACAGUUUUGCUGCUACACACGGGGACUUCAAAUGAAAAAAAAAACAAAAAAACAAGCGAGAGGGGAAAACUUUUCUUUGCAUGCAGAAGUGUGAAUUACACUGAUCUUUUUUCUAUUGAUGGAAGAAAAAAAAAAGAAACUGGUGCUGUGGGAAUGAAGGUUAACAACAUGCAUGAAAUUGUGAAGAAAAUAAACAAUGCUGCUUUUGUUGGUUAGGUUUUUUGUAACUUUUUGUUUUCCAAUGUUAGAACAACAGUAUCCUGCUAAAGUAUUAAUGACGCAAAACCAAAACAGAUGAAGUUGAAGUGUGGACUCGCGUCUUGCUCAGCACUGAACAUUCCUGUUGCGUGACAAUGAAGAUGAGCAAAAAGAGCAACUGACUCUCGACUCCCCCGAGCGCUGGUUUUCACCCCCCGUGACUCUCAAGGACCCAGACAGCCCUACACGAACUGUUCAGCCACCUCCCCUCCUCCCGGCCCGAACGCCAACCGAGGCUCGCGUGGACGCACUCUGGCAGGGAACUAACAGACCAGCGGAUUUACAGUACUGUCCGUCGAGAGAAGCACCUGGUCUGUCUCUUUAUCUGUCUGUCUGUCUGAUCGAUCGACCACCCUACCACAAUUGCACUCCCAGAGAUUGCAGUGAGAGAUUACCUUUUUGGUGAACCUCAUCUUUUUUUUAAGUGGCCUUACCUUUCACUAAAAAAAUGAGACACUUGGGGACAAUGGGGGCGGGAAUGUUUCUUUUUUGUUUUGUUUUGGAACUUUCUGUGUGCAUCGUUGUCGGACUUGUUGUCAUCAAGGCGCCAUUUUUUGUCACUGAGGACACUGGGCAUCUGUUGUUUAGUGCUUUUAGCUGGUGGAGUCUCUAUUAUGUCAAGGCUUCUGUGCCUUAAAAAUGUUGCCCUUGCUGUGUCAGUGUCAAGCUUGUUUUCAUUGGUUGAUACACAGGACUGUAGUAUUCGCAGCCAUGAGAGUCGUAGAUUUUAGGGGUGAAGCUUGUUUGAGUGCAAAAGUUGGUGUUCCUCAAACGCCGUCUUUGUCCCAUUUCUUCAUUGUGUUGCCAUGCUUGUUGGUCUCCGUUGUCUGAAACAUCCCUCUAAACUCAGUCCUCCCACCAACAAGCUGCAAAAAGCUACAAAUCUGUGUAACUUAUGUUAAACUGAGGAAGUUUACACCACAGUACUUAGGUGGCAAGAAACAGCCCUGAUUCAGAAAAAAGGUCCUCUGAGGACUCCAGACUUCUGCACUUCCUGUUUCCUUGGAUACAACAUUAUAAAAGGACAAUUUAUCCCCUGCCCCUCCCAAAUUUUAUUUAAUUUUGUUUUGUAUAUGUAUGAACUAUACUCUGUGUGUGCCUCACUUCUGUGUGAAACUCAAAAAGAUGAAACAAAAACAAAAAAGAUGACAAAAGCAUUACAGAGAGGAUAAAAAACCGUAUGUUGGUGGAAUUCUGAUCACGUCAUUUAAGUUGCCUGUUCUUUCUUGUAGCCAACUAUUGAAAAUAACAGGAUUCAAGAAUACAAUUUACAAUGUUCUAGCUCUAGACCGGUGUAGCACAUGUGUGACUGUAUUAAUUUAUGAAACCAAAAUGGUAACUGUGAAUUAUGUAUUUCUUUGUGCAUUUU